GGGCUCUCAAUCUCUUCUGCGCUCUCCCAUUCAACCCCUGUAGUCAGCAGAACGAGAGGCUGAGCGGAGCAGCGCAGCAUUCACAGCUCCUGCAUCCUGCAGAUGAGUCUGCUCCGAGGAAGAGAAGGGGAGAAAAAAAACGAUCCUGCCACACAGAGAAAAAGAGUCACAGAUGAACAGAGGCAGAGAGGGGAUGAAAAGCACAGAGGGAGAAAGAGGGCAAAAUGACAGGACCUGAGUAAAAGGUGCUGCCUGAGGACAACUGCAGCGAUACUAAAUCUGGAGCUGUCAGGACAACCCUCAGUGAGCCAGCGAGUGAGAACGGCAAGGAGAGGAGGAGAGAAGAAGUGGAUUUGAAGAGCUGAUCUUAUCACUCUGGACAAGCAAAGAUGGGAACCCUGAAAGGCUCUCCAUCACCAGAUCAAACUUCACAUCAGAGAAAAGCCUUCAGAUCGCCGGUUUGAAGCUUCUUCUUCAGGGAAGUGAGAAAACAGAGAAGAGACAUAUCCUAGUAGUUCCAAAAGCUGGUGGAGCAGACCUCACGCAGGACUCUUGCUGCCGAACUGCUCAGAGCGGCUCAAAUCUCUCCUGUCCUCAUCCCCCUCAGCCCUCCAUCACACCUGGCUACUCCUGCCGGAUGUCUUCUCUGCAUGCUCUCCCACUGCUCAGCAGUUGAACACACUCAUGGUCGAUGCCAAGGGAAGGAACAUGAAAUGUCUGACUUUCUUCUUAAUGCUUCCUGACUCGGUGAAAAGCAAGUCAAGCAAAAGCUCCAAAAAAGGGAAUGCCAGUGGCAGCUCCAAGCUGCCCCCAGUCUGUUAUGAGAUAAUCACCCUGAGGAGCAAGAAGAAGAAGAAGAUGUCUGCGGAAAUUUUUCCCACCAAGAAGCCGGCAUCCACCACCACCACCACCACCAGCAGCAGCAGCACCACGGUGCAGGAGUACCAGCAGCAGAACCUCAACAACAACAACACGAUACAGAACUGCAACUGGCAGGGACUCUACUCAACUAUAAGAGAAAGAAAUUCAGUGAUGUUCAACAAUGAGCUGAUGGCAGAUGUUCAUUUUGUCGUGGGUCAGCCUGGAAGGACCCAGCGGCUGCCGGGCCACAGAUACGUACUGGCUGUAGGCAGUUCAGUGUUUCACGCCAUGUUUUAUGGUGAACUUGCGGAGAACAAAGAUGAAAUUCACAUACCAGAUGUGGAACCAGCAGCAUUUCUGGCCAUGCUAAAGUAUAUAUACUGUGAUGAAAUUGACUUGACUGCCGACACCGUGCUGGCCACUCUCUAUGCUGCCAAAAAGUACAUUGUCCCUCACCUGGCACGUGCCUGCGUCAACUUCCUAGAGACAAGUCUGAGCGCCAAGAACGCCUGCGUGCUGCUCUCCCAGAGCUGCCUGUUCGAGGAGCCAGAGUUGACACAGCGCUGCUGGGAGGUGAUUGAUGCCCAGGCUGAGUUGGCUUUACGUUCAGAGGGUUUCUGUGACAUUGACUCCCAGACCCUGGAGAGCAUCCUACAGCGAGAGACGCUCAAUGCUAAAGAGAUAGUGGUCUUCGAGGCUGCACUUAGCUGGGCUGAGGCCGAGUGUCAGAGACAGGAGCUCACAUCUUCUACUGACAACAAGCGUAAGGUCCUGGGAAAGGCCAUGUACCUCAUACGUAUCCCUACAAUGGCUCUGGAUGACUUUGCCAAUGGAGCGGCCCAGUCUGGCGUGUUGACGCUUAAUGAGACCAAUGACAUCUUCUUGUGGUACACGGCAGCCAAGAAGCCCGAGCUUAAGUUUGCAAGUCAACAGAGGAAGGGCCUGACUCCGCAGCGCUGCCACAGAUUUCAGUCCUGUGCCUAUCGAAGCAAUCAGUGGCGCUACCGCGGCCGCUGUGACAGCAUACAGUUCGCUGUAGAUAAAAGAGUUUUUAUCGCCGGGUUUGGCUUGUACGGAUCUAGCUGUGGCUCAGCAGAGUACAGCGCCAAGAUAGAGCUGAAGCGUCAAGGUGUGCUGCUGGGGCAAAACCUCAAUAAAUACUUCUCUGACGGGUCCAGCAACACCUUUCCAGUAUGGUUCGAGUAUCCGGUCCAAAUUGAGCCAGAUACUUUCUACACUGCCAGUGUUGUUCUGGACGGAAAUGAGUUGAGCUACUUCGGACAGGAAGGGAUGACAGAGGUACAGUGUGGUAAAGUGACAUUCCAGUUCCAGUGCUCCUCAGACAGCACCAACGGCACCGGGGUGCAGGGAGGGCAGAUUCCUGAACUUAUCUUCUAUGCUUGACAACAC